AUGAAUGAUCUAACUGUUUAUGAUGAACUUUAUGCAAUAGUUUGUCAAGGUGACUUAUCAAAUCAACUUGAUGCACGUCUAAAAGUAUUGCCUGACGUUGAUAAAGCUCUUGAGCACGUCUACCAACGAGAUAAUCAACAAAGAACAUUACUAAUAGUAGCCGCUUUACAUGGACACGAGCUCGUGGCACGAAUUUUACUUUCCCAUUCUUCCAAUGUUAGAAAUUUAGUAAAAAUUACUGGUAAUACAUAUGAUAUCAAAGGAAAACGUGCGUUACUUGUUACUGCACUAUGGUGUGCUUGUGAUCGAGGUCAUUAUAAAUUGGCACAGACACUUAUUGAUGUAGGACAAGCUUGUAUUGAUGAUUCUUCAAGAAAUCCAUUAUUGAUUGAAGCUAUUAAUAAUGAACGUCUAGAUACGAUUCAAUUUUUAAUUGAAAACGACCAUGUCGAUAUAAAUGAAACAACAGAAUAUGAAUAUCGUAAAUACAAUAGCUUAAUGUUUGCUGCAGCAUUAGGUCAAACUCAAAUUGUAGCCUAUCUUGUUGAAAAAGGUGCAAAAGUGGAUUAUCUCGGAGGAGUAAACAGUGGUACGGCUUUAGGGUGUGCAGCUUUGCAUGGCCAUUUAGAAGUUGUAAAAAUAUUAUGUUCGGCCGGUGCUUGCCCGAAUAUCAAGAAUAGACAUGGCGAAACGCCGAUGAUAUUAGCAUAUAAAAAUGGUCAAUUUGAUGUUGCUGAAUAUCUUUUAGAUCUUACACAAAAUGAUUUAUAUAUUGACGAGCUUGAACUCAUUGCUUGUUCAUUCAUAAUACCACCAAGAAAUAACGAUAAUGACCCAUCGCCAUUUGUAAAAAUGGUGAAUCUGAUGCGAAAGUCAUUUAAAAUUAGAGAGGCAAGAUAUUGUCCAAAAAUAAUAAUGAAACCGGUUACGGCUUAUAAUUUCGAAACAGAAUGUCAAACAUUGAAAGAAUUCGAUAAAAUUCAAGAUGACCACGAUCGUCUAUUUAUAGAAGCAUUACUGAUUCGAGAGCGUAUUCUAUUACCAAAGAAACUUAAAGGACUAUGUGAACCAUUGCUAAUGUUUGGAGAGAAAUUAAUCGAAAAAGGUGACUAUGAAAGUUGUAUUCGUCUAUGGGAACAUACUUUCUAUUUAUAUCAACUUAUGAAUCAUGAAACCAGUCUUCAUCGUUUUGUUUGGAUCUUUUGUAAAAUGUUAGCAACUCAUGUAUCAAUUUCCCCACAAUUAUUUCUACAAAUAUGUCGCUUGACAUCUGAACCUUCGCAGAAACAAAAUGCAAGUCAUUACAUUAAAAAUACUGUAUGCCUUGUAACAAUUGCUGCAAAGAUUCUUGACCAAGAAAAAUUGACUAAAGCAGAACGUCUAUCGAUCUAUGAAUGGAUAAGUGAUAUUUGUCGUGAGAAACGUACAACACCCUACAGACAGACAUUAUUACAUUUGUCUGUUAAUGAACAAACACAUCUCGACAUCAAUUAUCGAGCCAGCGAGAUUCGACAAAUUCUCAGUUUUCCAAACUUAGUUACAACUCAACUUUUACUCACUCAUGGUUCUCGUUGGAUCAAUUGCGAUGCAGUCGAUAUUUUAAAUGGUGAUACAGCUCUUCAUAUCGUUUCUCAGAGUAAUAAACCGGAAGCAUUAUCCAUUGUUAAAUUGUUACUCAAUGCUGGAGCUCAUAUCGAUUGUCGAAACAAACAUAAUAAAACUCCAUUCGACUCUGCGAAAACUAUUGAAAUGAAAAAUUUACUUCAAAGACAACAAGCAUCGGUGUCAUUAAAAUGUCUUUGUGCCUGUUACAUUGUCGAAAAACAAAUAAACUAUGAAUUCAUUUGGAGAAAAGAUACCAAAUUGAAUACUUUUAUUUAUUUGCAUGAUUGUAUAGCGAAACAAAAUAUAACUUCACUUGAUUCCAAAGAAUAA